AUGUCUUUUGUAUGAGGCCCGAAAUAGCCUUAAGGGUCAGCAGGCAUCUGAAACAAAAUUAUUGGAACGGUUAAGAGAGCUUAACCCUAAAAUGGCUUUAUCACAAAUUAUGACUGCAAGAACUGAGUCAACUACACUCGUCCCGACAAAAUUUGGAAAAAGUCCUCAAGGAUCCUUUGCCAGUUACCAACUAUCUGUUACUGAAGAUAACUUUAAAGUGUUUUGUGACAUUUCAUCUGUCAACAGGUCAGAUUCAGACAAUCAUGUUCAUGAUUCUCAGUUAACUGCGUUUCCCAGAUUUCCCCUGAGGGCUUCACAUGAACAGUUUCAAAUACCGACU